UCACACGUACAGUAAUCAACAAGGACAAGCUGAUAGAUGAUGUGUCAAACAAUGCCGUAAGAAGUAAAAAAACCUGAUCGACUUGCUACGUUGCUGACAUUUUUUUGCGAUCAAGGAGAAAGGGAGCUUCUUUGCUUUUGCUAGGCAAAAAAGGGACUAAGGACUGAAGAACAAAGCAGCUGUUGCUCAAGCUAGUUGUCAUAGGGGUAAUCCUGAAUAUCUCCCUUGCGACCACAUGAUGCAAUGGCACAAGCUACAAAUCCAUGUGUACCUGCUGCUGAUUAUCUUCCCCAACCAUCGCCGAUACAAAGAAUUUUGAUCGCCCACUUUAAUAUCUAUGAGUUGUUCAUGGAUGGGAAAAAAUUGGGCGAAGAUGCAUCGAUCGAAGAAAUCAAUGAGGAAAUCCUUUACUACCACUGCGAUAAUCGAGUAGGUGCUACGGUCGCGGAGGAUGGCGAUUGGAAUCUGACGUCGAGUAUCGGCGAUGGUAGUCUCGUGGAAGAAGCAGUUGGUUUUCUGGGGUUGAGCAAAGCCCUAUAUACACUACCGAACUCACUAAAAAUACCAGACCAAAACGACGAUGGAGAGUGUCCCGAUCGCAAUGGCAUCGGCAGUGACAGAAACGAGAGAAAUAACGAGGAAACUACGACCUAUAUUUACUGUGGAAACUCGAUACUCGUUUUUGUUCCAUUGGAAUCGGCUCUUGGCAUUGUCGCGGUCGUACAGGUGUCGAGACUGUAUCAGAAUGGCGUUAGAUCUGAUACCGGAAGUGCAAACCCAACGGCUAUAUCAGCGUCAAUAGAACGAACCCACAAACUAUUUUGUAUUUUACGUGGAGGUGGCAUUGGUCUUCGAUUGACAGAAAAAAGUCGGUCGAUACUGACCGAGAGCACAAUUGAAGAGCAAAACUGUCCAUGUCAGGAAAUGAAAAAACUGUUCGGAUUGUUGAGAAGCAUCCGCAAGAAGAAGAAUAAGCUAUCAAGACUAGGUAACUCGGCCAACAUGGAACAAGAAGUAAAUGCUAUAACCCGCGAUACCAUGGCACUGCAGAAAGAGAUCGAAGCGCUCAGAAAGUUGUUGCCCAUUGAGUCUCUUCGUCGAGAUUUGGAAGUUCAUUACAAUGAGUAUUUGAACCAGUUUCUUGAGUCAUGCAUCCGAAACGCUGGAGCGGGACGAUGCCUCGUUGAAACGAUGCCUCCUCCAAUCGCGCAAGAUUCGGGUAUUCACGCGUUCAAAGUACUACCCUCCCAGAUUGAAACGAAUUGUUUGGAGUCCUUGAGACAAUCCACAGUUCAAAUAUUACAAUGCUAUUCUCGAGGUUCAUGGAACCAGAAAGUAUCUGGUUCAUCUUUACUCGGAAUCGCGAUGUUUCAGAACGGUCAACUGCUGCAUUGUGUUUCCGAUUCCAAACAAUACGAUCUCUCCAACGAUACAGCAAGUUUGUUGAUGACAUAUAUGGCCUCCUAUAAAACCAAAAUGAGUCGUGCUUUCGUGUCAGUAGCCAACGCGCAUCCAGCGUCGUCACCAUCGCCAGAAUCCCAGCCCGGUUUGUUAAAACGGCUGACUCUUCAUUUGGGUCCAAUGGUGGACGAUCUAUCGAUCGGAAAGGCAGUACCUGGUAGGUGGGAAGACACAAAGAGGUCAAAGAAUACCCAAGAAGAAAUAAAUGGUCGAGGUCGGUUUGUACCCAGUCCUCCGUCUUUCAUGCUCGGUGCGUCGGAGGAAACAUAUAGUCUUGACUAUGGCGACACGAAGCAGGAUAUUUGGGCUCCGAUUGUCCAUUUGCCUCUUUCUAAUUCAGCCAGCAGCAGUACAGAUCAAGAAGACACCGUUUCUGAUAGCGACUUGCGUUCCCAUAUGGUCGUGUUUGAAUUCCAAAAGAUCAGUUUUCUUAUUUUUGUCAAUCUUCAGUUACCAGCGAAGCCAACUACAGCAGGAAAGCUCUCUGGCAACAAGUUACUAUUUUUCAAACUGGAAGAAGAACUUUCAGAUGCUGUCGUUCGCGCUUUUCCUGAAUAUACUCGUGCACAUUCUCCUUGCGAAUCAGGGACGACGACGUGUAGAAGUGAGCCUGGGCAAAACAUAGUCUAUCUUGAAAGAGCAAAGCAAAGAAUGGUUUUAUUGUUGGACCCGAAGGGUGCAUCACCAUGCGAUUCGAAGAGAAAAACAUACGCCGACAAUAGAAACAAAAGUCAGCCACGACGUUUCAUGGGUAUUGGUUCGAAAAAAAGGAACAGCAUGCCACUAUCUCAACCUGCGAGUCAUCGGUCAACAACGUUGGAGUGGUUGUCAUGGGGACUCGAUUGUCGGCAUUUGUUGGCGUCGCGCCUACCGUUGGACGUCUGCCUCGCAUUUGAUGACAUGAUCAGUGAAGUUGCAAGAUGCAGAGCUACCGAACAAGCAUCUUUGUCGACGUCAUUGAAUAACACGAGUGGUAACGAUAAUUCGUUGACAAUUGAACUUUGUACGUGCAUUCCAUGCGGCUGGGUGUACACAUUCGCUACGCAAGAAAAAGAAUUAUACAUUUUUUUCGACAGUUCUAUUUACGUUACCAUGGCCGAUGUUCAAUCUGCAGCGCAGGUAAUCAAAGAAAGGUUUAUCUUAGCAAAGUCAUGUUAAACAUUAACUCUCAAAGUACUAGUGUCCUGGGGUGGGCUUUUGUUUUCUGCCAUGCCACAAAGUGUCUAGUGGAGCGGAGGUACAUACGGAUGGGUGAUUUUCAAGUAGAAUCCAAGCGCAAUGAAAAAUGAAAUUGUGGCCAGACCUUUGGCUUUACUUUCUUGGUUGAAUUUUUCGAUUCGAGCACGGACUUCGUCUCCCCUUCCUUCCUUCUCGGCUUCACCGAUUACACCAUCCAUCAAACUU